ACUAGUGGUCAAUAUAAUUACAAUCCUAUGGAUGACGACUCAAGCCCACGGGUCCCGCGUAGGACAGCGAUGGCUUGCCAAUUUUGUCGAGGUGGUCGCAAACUAAAAUGUGAUGGCAGUCGACCUAGUUGCGGUAACUGCAACCGCCGGGGCUAUCCUUGCGUCUAUACCCCUGUGUACGACAUCUAUCUCGUUCAAGACAGAGCUCCAUUAAUGACACUUUCCAGUGGUUCGGAACAACAAAAAUAG